AUGAGCUCUCUGGAAAAGCGCCAAGCAAACCGGCGGGGAAGCACACAUGGCCCUCGAAAGUGCUCUGAUGGCAUCAGUGACACAUCAAGUGUGGGAAGCUUCAUGGAUGAUACAGACAGGGAGGUAAGCAGCCUCACUGAACGAGCCUUCCGGAGCUUGUGUAUCGGAGAGGACGCCAUCUACAAUGACUUGGAGGUUUCCUCCCCUGCUAAUCAGCACAAAACCUGUGCUCAAGAAGCCCUGCAAAAGAAAGAUUUAACGAUAACCUGUCAGGAGUUCUCCGCUCAUGGUAUUCAGUAUGAGGGGGCAGAAAGAAAAUCUGAGAUGGCUUCAACAUUCCAGCAUUCCUAUGUGGACGUAGCACAAGAGCAUGUUCUCCGAGAUGAGAGUUUGUCUUACAUAAGCAAUGGCUCCAUGGAGGUGACAUGGCAACAGAAAAGAAGCACUUCCCGAGUUUCAUCGCUCAUUAAGGCCUUUAGUUCAGGGGAGAGCUACUGUGAUAGUGGGGCUCCUGAUACUGCAAAGGACAAAUACAGCGACUUUAACAACGAAUCAUGGGACAAAUCAGCUCUGCUAAGUAUUCAUAAAGAGCUGUCAGGUUCAGGUUAUUGUUCGGAUUUUAGGUCAGGCCCAUUGCAAUCUUAUGGAAACCAUUUUCAUUCAGUGGCCCAGAUGAACACAGCAACAUCCUCAAAAACAAAGUUCAAGGUAUUAAACAGCACUAACCUUUUCUUCCACAGUGAAUUCAGUCCUUUUCAGUUGUGGAGGGAUUAUAACAGGUUUCCUUUUGAAAGAGGGGAACCUUCAGGAUUUGUGCCAGUUACUGAAUUUCCUAGGUGGUAUGAGUCUCCUCUCUACAAAGAAAUCACAGCCAUGCACAGGGUUUCAAGCUCUCCAGCAGAAGGCAGGCAGUUUACCAGAAGACAAAUUGAGGACAUUUCUGCUGCUCAGCGCUCUAAGUCCACAGUAAUCCAAAAGGCCUCUGCCGUGGAAAAGAGAUGUGAGUCUGAAAUUGCAUCCAAUAACCCCCCAUGGAAAAAUAAUAACUUUGCGAGAAACAAACUGCCAAGCAACAGGCCCUCCACAGCCUCACCAACCAGAGAAAAAGUGCACAGGCCAGAUUCUAGCUUGCUUUAUCAAAGUAGACAUACAUAUGAAACUCAUCACAAAGUAGGGAAAGCAGGUAGCAGUGAGUUGCCCAGUAGAACAACCCCAUUCAACAUUUCUCAUCUUUUGACACCUGUGAUUCCUGGAAGACAGGAAACAGAAACAUCAGAAAUUCUGCAAUUCGCACAUACUCCAUUGGUGUCUGAGUGUGACGGUGACCUGAAACCACAGUCUGAUGCCAAACAGCUGCGUGAUAGCUACAAAUCCAAAGCAUCAAGUCUACUGUUCAACCUGAAAGACAACAGAAAACGAGUCAAGAGCACAUACAGCCCUACAAAAUUUAAAGGUUUAGAAUUGUCAGAUAGGAGUAAGCAGCCAUCAAAGCUGGAAGGUCGUGAAUCCAGACUUUUAGAAUCAUCUGGAUUAAAAGUAGCCAAUCAGGAGUUCUCUACUGCAGCUGAUGCUUGGGAACUUAGUGAAGCCGUAACCCUUGAACGCUCUGUUAGCAAAUUUAAAGAACAACUGUCAAAUGACAACACAGAUAAGUCUACAGCUAAUAGUAAUACACCUUCUCAGCAAGGCAACGAUUUUAACGAAAGAUCCAAAUUUAAAGACAACACAAUAAGAGAAAACCCAUUAAUGCCUCCAAAUGUAAGACAGGUUGAAAUUGGUACUGGACAAAACAAAAAAUCAACAGAUUGGGUGAAAGAUGAAGAUGAACCUGCUGCUGAAGUGACAGUGGAGUUUACAGACUCCAAAGCUACUUUGCCUGAUAAACAAAUGGCAAAUACUGAACAACAAAGGUUUGAGCCUGGAGCUGGUGGAGUCAGCAAAAAUCAGACAGUGUUUUCCGAAAAUCCGACAAACAUUAGUAACCAGAUAUGUCGUAUGCCAAAUACAGAACCUCCAGAAAUGGAAAAACAAGAAAUUCAGACAACAAAUGAAGACGUGUUUCUUCAUAAACCACAGAAUACUCAUGAUGAUAUGUUGAAAUCAUUGGAAAAUGCACAUGCUAUCAAAAAACUGGAAUGCCAAACUACUUUAAGCUUAAGUAAGGCAGUAAAUUUGGAACUUGAUUCUUUAGAGAAGAACAAAUAUACCCUGGAGCACGAACAAAAAGUGAAUAUGCUGCGCUGUGAAAACAGUAAAGUCAAAGAAACAGUGUCUCAAUUUCAAAUAAAAAUCGAACAUGAAAACCAAAAUCAGCCAAUGAUAAAGAAUAAAGAAGUAACAGAAAAAAUCAAUCAGCAACUAGAAGCAAACCAUGAAACAGCCUCAGACACUGAACAACAUGAGCAAAAUGCGAAAGAUUUCCAUAAGCAUACAGAAAUUACACCUAUGGAAAGGGAACAGUCCGAUGAUGACAUAAGAACUUGUAAUAGUGCCUCAAAGUCUCCAGGCACUGAACAUGAAAAGUCAGUUGAGGAGCUUUUCAUGCCAAUCGUUACAAUAAACAAUAAAGAUGAACAGCUCAGUGACCACCCUGCUCCAGACAAAAGUGCUGACAUUAAAAAUUCAAUACCUGAAAGCCACAUCAUUCACAUUGCUAGCAAAGCAGACAGUUCACCAACGGAUGAGCCUGUAAUAUACAACAUAUGUGUUUCAAGCACAUCAGAAACUGUUUCAGAGGACGAACCUAUAAUAUUUAGCAUUUCCGUGUCAAGCUUGUGUGAUGCUGCUAUGGUAACUAGUCCAGAAGACCAAGAGAAAAGUCAAAAUCAACUUUCAAAAGAACACAAGGAGAAAGACGAAAAAGAAACAAUCAGCAAUAAAAAUAAAGAACAUGACUUUGUUGAAAAUAAAGAGGAUAGUAAAGAGGUAAAAUUGCUUUUAAACAACCAUAUGGCGGAACAAGAAAGUGUGGAAAGGAAAAAUGAUUCUCCUGCAAGCAAAGAUAAACUUGAUUAUUAUAGAUCAACAGAGGUGGACAAUAUUAGUUCAUCUUAUGAGAGUCUCUUGGCCAAAAAUGGGCUUCCUAAUGGAGAUACAAUUCUACUGGAGUCAGAUCCAAAGGAGCAGGAUAUAAAGCGAGCAGAUGAAAAGGAUGAAUGUACAGGUAACUCUUUACAAAAAAUACAAAAUAAUACAAUGGAAAAUGACCAUCCAUCUACUGAGAAAAUGUUGAUGUUGGCUGAAUUCACUAAAAAGCAUUCUCCAGAAUGCAGAAAACCAAAGUCUCCAGAAACCUCUCCUGAACUUUUGCGGAAUGUUGAGGAAAACCAUAUGCAACAGGUUACUGUUUCAGAGCAAGAGCAUCAGAUAGCUGAUGGAGGAGGCACACAAAGAGCUGAUGGAGUUUUGUGUUCGGAUAAAAACUUUGAAAAGGAUGUUUCAGAAAAACAAGACAUUUUGAUGUCAAAGAUUGUGCCAGUUUGUGAAGACACAGAGAACACUCAGCCAACAAGGAAAACCAUGGCAAAUGGAAAUGUGCAGCUGGAGGAAAACAAGCAAGUCGGACAGAAAGUACAAACAGUGGAGAAAGGACUGAAGGAAAGUGACGAUGAUGAUGUAGUUAACAAAAGGACUGAGAUGGUACAAGGAACAAGUGAGAAUGAGGCACAACUUCCAGCUGAAUUUAGUUCUGCUAACAGCAGCUAUAAGUCACUCAAUCACUCAUGCGAUGAGUCACUCAAACCUAAUGAUCAAAUCUCCACAAAUGGCUGCCAGAUCAAGCUUAAAAACCAAGACACAGGGGUAUCUUCAGUUCAGACCAGUCAGAAUGCAGUUAAUCAAACAGACAAUACGAAAAGCCCCACAUUGCAACACAGAACGCAAGAAGUAUGUAAAAGAGAUGCCCUGAAUCAAGGAAAAGUAAGCAAGGAACAUCUUCAAACCAGAAAUAACAAGGAUUUACAAAACAUUAGAAAUGAGUUGGUCUGCAAAAGCGAGUUCCCAGAAAUUGAGAAAGUCAGAUUCACGACAAGCAAUGGGGUCAAAAUCAGUAGGGUGAGUGUUUCACAGAAAGAAAUAUCUAACGUCACUAAUGAACCAACAAAAGAGAAUGUUACCGUAAAUCAGACUCAAAUAAAAUAUGAUCUUUCAGCUGGAAAGACAGAUCAAGGUGUAUUUACAAUGGCAGAUAUUACUCUGAAAGUUAAAGAAGUGCAUAAAAAUGAGAGAGAGAACCAAAUAAAGGCAGAAAGUGCAAGUACUAGAUAUGCGGUGCCACCUAAUAAUGUAAGUGAAAGUCCUCAGAACACAACACCUGCAAAAGUCACAGGAACAAAAGCAUCAUCUGCACUGAUCACGACAGAGAGUGAUUUAGAAAGAACCGCAAAUGGAAAAUGGAAACUUGAACCAACACAAAAAGCGAAAGAAAUCAUAAAAGAAAUCAUACCAUUAAAUAAUGAUUUUAAGACAGCAUCAUCUGUAAUGAAAGCGGAAAAAUAUGUUAAAUGCAGUCAAAUUGAUACAAAUCAAAAAGAAGUAAAAGCUCAGCCACAAUACAAAAUAGAUGGACAAACUGAGAAAGUCAUUCCUGAGAAAAGCAGUGGACACAAAGAAAUGAAGUCUGGAAUCGGGACUUUAAAAGAAAGUAAUGAUAUCACUAGAUAUGAUAAAGAAAGCAGUGGAAAGGUUUUAGAAGACAAACGUUAUCAAAUUAAUAGUGUCUACCAUCCACAGAAAGAUGCUCUUGUAGAAAGAAAGGGAAAUACAUAUGAUGGAAACAACAGAUUGGAGCCCAAUCAAAACAGUAACUAUCAUGAUACAGGGCUUUCAAAAAAAGAGGGAAUUGUUACUAAGACUGAGGUUACACCAAGGGAGAAGAAAACAACUAGGCCAGAAAUAUCCGCUUUAGCUGACUAUGCUAGGCUGAGGGUUAUCUCUGCUGAAGAUGACACGAUUACUGAAAAAGAUUUGCUUCAAAAAAUGAAUAUGAAUCUAAAGUAUAAUUUAUCAGCUGUAGAGCCACAGAAAGCAAAUUUCUCCAAGUCUGUGGGCGGUACAGAGCAAAGCAAACAGCUGUCUGUAAAUAAGACACCAGAGAAUUCAAAUUCAACAACAGCGCCUUUACAAGUCCAGGAACGACGAACAUACAAAAUGACAGAAGAAACACUUGCAGGACAAUAUCAGUGCUCCCCCAGGGGUGAGAUCAUCACGUAUCCAAAAGUUGGAUCACUGACUAGAAGCUCGGAUGAUAGAGGAUUUAUCGUAAACAAUCCAGAAAGCGCCAAAGAAAAGACAUUAACCAAACCCUUGCUCACAAACACUAAGAAAUCUUUGACUGCUCAGGAUUAUGAAUAUUCAAGGAGCCAUGAAGUGUAUCAACCCCAAAAUCCUCAAGCUACUCAUCCUGUACAAACACACAUUGAAGAUAAAAAUGACCCCAAGCUAAAACAGCCAGUUAGUGCAAACAUGUCAGAAAGGAAUGUUUAUACUCAAGUAAAAAAUUCCCAAUCUGUAACACAAGUGUCGAUCGAAACCGAAUUUAACAAUGCAAAUAGACCUGCUGAUAACCACAUAAAAGAGGAUGUGAAAGAUGAAGAAACAACAGAGGAGCUACAAUACUACAUUGUCAAUGCCAUGGAAAGUGAGAAAAAAACUAAAAAUAAUCUAGAACCACUUUCAUUAAGCCAACAAAAUGCUUUAAAGAAAGAAUUAACUGAAAUGCAUGCAACAUCGCCACGGUCCAACACUUCAUCUCCAGCCAUGGGGAAGCCCAUCUUGUUCAGAGUGAAAGAUAAUACAGGCAAAACUUCCUCAGUUACUAAAACUGUUAGACCACGUUUUCAUAGAUCACUCUCUGAGGAAUUCAGAAUCGGCUCCCCAGUUGACAGCUGUUCAGAAAAAAUCAAAGUUGAUUAUGGUCAUGAGAAUGAUCCAAAAGAAUCUCUCAACUCUCAUUUUUUUCAAGAGCAAUCAGUAACUUCACAUCAACUACCUAGAGCAAAUGAAAUCCAAGUUCGAAGCAAAAUCUUGUCCCCUGAAUUCAUAGCACCAAAAGAAUCAGGAAGCUGCGACAGAAGAAGCCACCUUACUGAAAAGGAUGAAUCCCAAUCACUUGUCAGCACGGUGUCUGAGAAUGUAGGAGGUCAAGCUGCCACACCAGUAGUAAUGACAAACAGUAGAGGUUUUUACACUGAACAUAUUAGACAAAAUUAUGCUAGGCCAGUAUCAUCCUUUUAUGAAAGACCAGAAUCGGCCUGCUACGAGAGACCUGAAUCUGCCUGUAGUGACAUGAGACCAUCAAGCAAGCCUCCUGUUGUUCCUCCCAAAACAGACAAAGCCCUUCGUCGUGCUAAAAGGCUCACUAGCAGGAGAGUCAAAAAGGUAGAGGAUGACAAGGAGCCCUCAGAUACUCCAGUACAACCUGAGACCAAGUCCCAAGCUGUGUCCAGUUUGCCUGCUUCACCUAUUAUCCAGAUGUCAACACCUCCAUCAGUACAGGCCUCACCUGUGAUAUCACACUAUCAUGUUGAACCAAAUUAUGCACCUCCUGCACCUAGCCUUGUGGCUCAUUCUUUUCCAGUAACCCAAAGAAGGCUUUUGCAAGAUCCAAACUCGGGGCAAAUCUUCAUGGUGGACAUGCCAGUGCAGGUCAAGACAAAGACAUUUUUUGACCCUGAGACAGGGAAAUAUCUCCAGCUCAAUGUGCGUCAGAGGGCCCAGAGCACCUUGUCACAACCAGCAUCUGUGGAGGUGUUGGGUCACCCGUAUGUGGUUUACCCUGGUUUUCUGCCCAUGCCUUUUUCUGUCCAAUCAUUACCGUCUGUAAGGUCAUCAUCCCAGAUGUCAGCACCAGCUUCACUCACAGAGGAGCCGAACAAGCUAAAAGCAAGUCGAGAAUCAAGUGAACAGGAGAUUUCUCGACCAGAAUGUCACAGAAACGUAGUACAGCACAAAAGUCCUGCGCAUAGGACACGUGAACAAACUGGCAGAGACAUUUUACAAACUGAAAAUGCCAGAAUGACUCCAAGACAAACACAUAUCAUAACAAUGAGUGAAUUAGAGGACUUUGCAGUGGAGAACACCUGACUGAUGUACACAUGAAUAACUGUAUAUCUGACUUCGUGAAAAAGAACUUAUUUAAACAUUUAUUAAAUACAAAAACAUGCUGUUUGAAAAUAUUUUGAUGGUUUGUUCUGCAAUAUUUUAUAUUUUUGCAGUUGUGCUUCAAUUAAGCAGUGCUAUUUAUUUUAUAAAAGAGAUAUGCAUUCCAUUCUAGAAAUAAUUUAUAUUCCCAUGUAAAUAUCUCAUAAAUCUCCCCAGUCUUAAAUGAGUCACUUUAUUCACAGAGAAAGUUUCUAAUAAGACACAGAAUGACAGUAUAUAAUUAAUUUAUAGUUUUGUUUUUUUUAAAACCAUUUUUCCACAAUUGUGAGGUUUACACUGCAAAUUUCACACAAUUCAACAUGUAUGAAAGUCAGUGUAAAUGUUUCAUAUUAGAAUUAGGAGCUUUUGGGGCUUUUUCUUCUGAUUUUAUUUGUGUGAAAUGCAACAAAUACUCCCUAAGUUGUUUUAAUUUCUCUGAAUGUGAAUGUGGCGUUAGGCUUCAAAAUGUGACAGUUUCUUUUACCCACUUACAUUUGACUGUAUUUCAGCAUAUGUCUGCUUUGUUAACUUUCAGUUACCUAAAACCAAACCUGUUCCACAGCUUCGCAAUCCAUUUUUUUGGUUACACCAGACAUUAUUGUUGGACAAAUAUUUCCACAGUGAUGGUACUUACAUUAUUUAAAACAUUAUUAAUUAUUACAUUAUUAAUUAAAAUGUCAAUCUGUUUUAUUUCAAAAUUAUUAAGAAUAAAUUUACUUUUAAAAAAGUAAAUUUAUAACAUUUUAGUGAGCACUGUGAGCAAAAAAAUAUGAUGUCUGUCUUAAUGGACUAUUGCCAGAUAAUUGUGUUACUGUCACAAAAAAUUAGUCAUCUUCGUCAUUUCAUUGAUAAUUGUUUAUACAAUGAAAAGAUAAGCCAGUUUAUUUAUUGUAGCCAGG